CACCACCACCUCCACCACCACUAGGUCGAGUCGAGGAGGAGGAGGAGGAAGAGGAGGAGGAGGAGGAGGGAUGAGGCGCGCGGUGGAGGGGAAAUGGCUGCCGAAGACAAGCCGGAAGGACUGAAGAAGAUAAGAAAUCCAGAGCGAACGGUCAGGAUUGCCGUGGGCUACACAGGACACACCCCUCCCAAGAGUGAUGACACUGACGCCAACAAUGAGCCGGGCCAGUUAAAGAUCUACCUUCCUAAGAAGUUGCUGGAGUGUCUACCCAAAUGUUCCUCUCUGCCCAAGGAGCGCCAUCGCUGGAACACCAACGAGGAGAUUGCUGCAUAUCUCAUCACUUUUGAAAAACACGAUGAGUGGCUGACGACAUCGCCAAAAACAAGGCCUCAGAAUGGCUCUAUGAUCCUCUACAACCGUAAGAAGGUGAAGUACAGGAAAGAUGGCUACUGCUGGAAGAAGAGAAAAGACGGGAAGACCACCCGAGAGGAUCACAUGAAGCUCAAAGUGCAGGGAGUCGAGUGUCUGUAUGGCUGCUACGUCCACUCCUCCAUCAUCCCCACCUUCCAUCGUAGAUGCUAUUGGCUGCUGCAGAACCCAGACAUUGUUCUGGUGCACUACCUGAACGUACCGGCGGUGGACGACAGCGGGAAGCCAUGCGGUCCUGUCCUCUGCUCCAUCAACACGGACAGGAAGGAGUGGGCCAAGUGGAGCAAGGAGGAGCUGAUUGGACAACUCAAACCCAUGUGUGCUGGGAGCAGCCUACAUCAGAAAUGUUCCAGUGUCAAGCAGCGCAUCAUCUCAUCCAAGCAGGAGACAGGGGCAGCAGCAGGAGGUGGACCUGCAGUGGGUACCGGCGUCGCAGCAGGCCAGCGAGAUGAGGAGUCGGAGGCCACAGAGGUCCAGAACAGCGAUGUGUCGGAGGGCCAGACAGAUCCUAGUCCUGGAGGAGGCAGGAGCAGAGUGGGCGGAGGAGAGAGGAGGAAUGGCAGGAUAACCAAACCCUCGUUACUCCCUCAGAGCAGCAUGGAGGUCUCCUCUUCAACUUCCAACAACCAGGUGGAGGUUCCUGACACCACACAGAGCUCCCCGCUGUCAAUCGCCAGUGACAUGGCCGACAGUCCUGCUCUCUCCAUUGGGGCUGGGCUGUCACAGAGCACAGCUGUGUUCAUGUCUGAGGUCACCACACUCACUGGGGAUUCGGUUUACUCCGCUGGACACACCCAUCUUCUGGCCUCCACCCACGAAAGCACCACCGCUGGCAUCCUAUUGGCCGUUGCCCCUGACAACCAGAGGUUUGCAUCGUUUCCUGGUGGAGUGGGCUUAGGCGAGGGAGGAGAGUUGGUUCUGUCCAGCUCUCUAGACUCUGGAGGAGCGGUCACACUUCCUGAAACCACCAUGACGUUUGACCCAGAUUGCUUCCUCAACAACCCCAAGCAGGGCCAGACUUAUGGAGGAGGUGGAGGGAAGACUGAGGGGUGUAACGGUGAUGAUGGAGUACUCCACUGCCCCUCGAAUGGCUUCAUCUACAACCCUGCCCUCGUCAACAACAUCAAGACGGAACCGUCACCACUGGAGCAGCCGCUGACCGCUCAGAACAGCUACGUGGGGGAAGGAACAGGCCUCAGCCCCAGCACCACGUUGGAGCAAAUGGACUUCAGUGCUGUCAUGUCAUCUGCCUGUGUCCCGAGUCUCGGCCAGACCCCACACCACCCCUCCCCAAGCCUCUUCCUCCAGGCCUCCCCCCAGACUAGCCAGUCCUCCCAGCUGCAGACCAACGGUACAGAGGGAUCGCAGGAAUCAGGUGAGGCCCAAACUUACAUCGGUCUGCCCACGGUGCCAACGGACUCUCCCAUCACCAACGGAGAUCCACAUACACACCUCCACCAAGCCAACCCAGACCAGCAGGCCCUAUGUGGACGGAACGGACAAGGAGCGGCGGUGAGCUCUUUUCCCCUCACAACACAGGACACGACCGUCGACCAGUCCGUCAGCAGCGGGCAUCAAGAGGUGGGAGUCUUAGAGAAAGCUUCUGAGAAUGGAGGGGAGUUACUACUCAAGCCUGGGGAUCCUCAUGAGGCCUACGCAAGCGUGGACACAGAGCACUACCUGCAACCCACAGAUGACAACGGAGGAGGAGAGGAGGGUGGAGGAGGGGGAGGUGGAGGAGGCGGAGGAGGGGAGAAUGAAAUUCUCUGCAAUGGUGUAAGCUUACCAGGGGCCGGUGGGUCAGUGGUGGCCAGUCCUCAGUCAAUAGCUGCUGGUACAAACAUGGAGGGGGCGCUCUUCAGCUCUUCUAUGCCACAGCAAGGUGGGGCCGUGUCGGCCACAGCAGCCGGGGCGGGAUCGGCCAUCAGCCUGGAAGGUUUUGAGGCUUCAUUUGGAAGCCAGUUCUCUGAUCUCAUCAAUGAUUUCAUCUCAGUGGAAGGGUCUGGGGGUGGGGUGGGAGCGGCAGUCACUGGGGUUCUCAUGCCACAAGAGGGCGCAGCUGGGGAGGAGCAAGGCACAGGAGUGGGCCACCUGCAGGGCUCAGAGGUGGAGCAGGGAGCUCUGGGACUCCUCCAGGACACCGGGAGGCUGUUUGGGGUGACAGACUACUCCCCAGAGUGGUCCUAUCCAGAGGGCGGAGUGAAGGUGCUGAUCACCGGCCCGUGGUUGGAGUCGAGCAGUGAGUACAGCUGCCUCUUUGACCACAUCAGUGUCCCUGCUGCCCUCAUCCAGCCUGGGGUGCUGCGCUGCUACUGCCCAGCCCAUGACACUGGACUGGUGAUGCUACAGGUCGCUAUGGGUGGUGAAGUCAUCUCUUCCUCCGUGGUGUUUGAAUACAAGGCACGAGACCUUCCUGCUCUGCCGUCUUCUCAGCAUGACUGGCUGUCCUUGGAUGAUACCCAGUUCAGGAUGUCCAUCUUGGAGCGUCUGGAACAGAUGGAACAGAGGAUGGCUGAGAUAACCAAUCAGAACCCCAGCUCAGAAACCACGGCAACCAAGGGCGGAGGAGUGGAGGGGGGAGGAGCCACUGAUCAGCAGUCUCAAAUGUCUCCUGAUCAGGGUUCAUUUGAGGGCCGUGUGGUGGUGGUAUGUGAGAAGAUGAUGUCUCAGUCGUGCUGGGCGUCUUCUAAUCAGCUCGUACACAGUAAGAACUCCAGAGGAAUGACCUUACUGCAUCUGGCUGCAGCUCAGGGCUACGCGGGACUCAUUCAGACGCUCAUCCGCUGGCGCACAAAACACGCUGACUCCAUUGACCUCGAGCUGGAGGUGGAUCCUCUAAAUGUGGACCACUUCUCCUGCACUCCACUGAUGUGGGCCUGUGCUCUGGGCCACACGGAGGCGGCACUGGUGCUUUACCAGUGGGAUCCACGGGCUCUGUCUAUUCCCGAUUCAUUAGGACGCUUGCCACUCAACAUUGCUCGAUCCAGGGGCCACACUCGACUGGCUGAGCUCUUAGAGCAGCUGCAACAGACUCCUCAAGCUCAGGGCCAGCCUGCUGACACAUGGAUGGACAGGUGGAGGGGGGAGUCACGGAUGAGUGGAAUAAGCAACAGCCCCACUCCAAACCCUAACUCAGAGCUCAGAAGAGCCAGGACCGAGAGCCAGCCAGACAACCAGAGCCAAGGCUGGAGCCAAACUGGACUCCGAGCCCCACAGGGCAACCAGGGAGAGCAGGGAGGUCCACCCCCAGCCAAGAGACUCAAACCCAGCCCAGACGCCCAGCAACAGCUUGCUAACUCAACGCCCAGCACCAACACCCUCAACUCCCUCCUCAGCACCUCCCAAAAUCCUAACUCUAUGUGUUCUCUCCUCCCCAACACCCACACGCUACAAACUCAACCCUCCAACCUCAGCUGUCAGAACACACCUCCUGCCAGCGCCAGCCCUAACCGGCCUCAGCUCCCCAGCUCCCCAUUCUCCCACCUGCAGGCCAGGAUAGGGGAGUCUGGAGGGGGCACCAGGUGGAGUCUGAGACAGACUCUUGGGCAAUGUAGCCUAGCCAGGAGGAUUUUAGGAAAAGAGCGACUGGCCAGUCACCUGCGCCAAAGAGUGCUGUCUGACAGGGGAGAGGAGACAGAGCUGCUGACCUAUCAGGAGAACACUGAGGACCUGCAGAUGGACAUUACAAUGUUAGCUGAUCACAUCAUGGAGGCGUCAGGUGCUCGGCUCAAACAGGAGGCUGUGGAGACUGAAACAGAGUCCGGGAGGAUCAGCAGUGACGUCAGGUUACUGUCUGGUUACCUCAGCGAGGUGGAGAGAUUCUUGAACUGCAAGCCCCCGACUCCCAGCCCCAAACCACACUCUCUCUCAGGGCCCGAGGAUCAGCAGAGUCCUCAGGCUAAGCAAGCCCCGUCCUCCUCCCCCUCUGACUGGAACUCCUUCCUCUGUGCAGCUAUGAAAGAGGAGAGGUUGAAAAGUAACUCCUCCUGUCUAGCCAUGACUGAAGCAGAGCAGGCGGAGCUGUAUGAGACCAUCAGACAUGCCCUGCACGCCCUCAGAAAACACAAGGGUCCCAUUCAGGAACAACGCAAAGAGAUUGCAGCAGUGAUUCAACGCUGCUAUAAGAGAUAUAAGCAGUAUGCACUUUAUAAGAGGAUGACCCUGGCAGCCAUCCUGAUCCAGAGUCGUUUCCGGAGUUUCCAUGAGCAGAGGAAGUUCCAACAGAGUCGUAGGGCAGCGGUCCUCAUCCAGCAAUACUACCGCUCCUACAGACACUCCCUUGGCAGCCUCCUCACUAAAAGACAGAACCAGGCUGCUCGCAAGAUCCUGAGGUUCCUGCUCCGAUGCCGCCACAGCCCCUUGAUGGACCAUAGGCCUCUGAAAUGGGGCCAGAGAGCAGAGAAAGGUCAGGGGUCCUGAGAUUCCACCACCCGGCCCCACACACAGCCCCCUCAGCCUGUGAGCAACCUCUACACCCUCCCUGUUCUCCAUCUUCCCCCCUUUGUUUUCGUUCUCCUCCCCCUACAUCUCCCCCAGACUCUAUCCCCCCUUUCGGUCCCUGUGUCUCCUCCCCUCUCCUUUCCUCCUCUUGCCCCUCCACUCUCACCCUCUCUUUCCCCUCUUCUCUCAAGAGGGAAAAAAAAAAACUCUUCCCAGACAGACUGAGGACAGGAUAGGUGUCCAUCAUGGCAGCUCAGACAGACAGACUGCUGGGCAGAGCCCAGGGACCUGGCUCUGCCCACUGAUCCUCCUCCACAGUUUCACUGGGAGGCCAUCACAUUAACCUCAUGGCAUUCUUUGCACUCUUCAUGGGUAUGUUUCUUUGCAAGUUAAAAAGUCGGCGAGGGAUCGCAAGGAAGCGUACGACAACCACGUCCUGCCGCUCAUGGCAGCGAUUGGACGCGGGCGAACGGCGUGAGACGACUUUGACAUGCAGACAAUUUACAAAUCCUGUUGCGUUUUGUACCCAAACAGUGAUCCAUGACAGAAGAAGGAAAAAAAUGAAACAAAAACCAAAAGACUCACUUAUAUGUUGCAUUUGCAUGCAAGAUUUUUUCGCUUAUUCCUCCUCUCCAUCAUCCAGAACAAGCUAUAGUGGCAAAUCACUCUGCUGACUCAGUAUAUCACAGUAUCACCAACCACUCUGACUCACUGGCUUAAAGACCUAUUUAUCAGUCACCCGAUCCAAUGGGGAGGAACUGCACUUGAAUGUAAGAGGGGCAUUGUUAGAAAAAGGGCGGGGGUCUGAAAAACGAUGUCUUAAUUUGUUACAUGGACUUUGUAUGGAGUCGUUCUCAGAGGCAGCACUUUGCUCGCCUGACGUGGUGUCCGUGUUUGUUCAAUUCAAUGCAUGUGUUUGAGCCACGAGCUCCUGCAUGCUCGCCAAACUGCUUUAGUGUUGUUUCUUUUUUCGUAUUUCUAUGUGUAGUUGUGUCUCACUUACGUCCUCAUCAACUUAUCCUUGCCCUGUGUAAUGUGAACUGUGUAAGGACAAAUGACUUAUUUUGGGUGCUUCUCUUUUUUUGUUUUGUUUUUACUUAAUUUAUUCAAGGGUAUAAUUAUUAAUUUGACUGGCUCAAGAGUGGUUUCGCUUGAGACUGGUUUUCCCCCCUUGUGUGGUAAAAUAUGACAUGUUCCAAUGGUUAAAUGUCUCUGUUAGUUUGUUCUUUGCGUGAACCUCUAAAUCCUAACUGUGGUUUUGAGGAGAGAGUCACAUACCAUUGCCUUGACUUCUUCUUGACUCUGAGAGGUCUCUAUGCGUGCUCUGUACAGGACAUGGGUCCUAUACCUGCCCCUAAACAGGGCAUUGGUCCCCAUAUUAGCCCAUACGGGCGAUCAAAUCCAUAUUUUGGACUAUUGCAUAUUCCUGUAUAUAAACUGACGAGGUAAGGGGAUACGAGGACCCUGAAACUUUUUCAUAAGAGGACUGUAUUUAAGAUUAUAAAUUAUUUUACUCCCAUAAUGAGAACUUAAAGACAGAGGUCUGGGUACACAGGAUGGCUGUAUUGCUUGUAAAUAAUGUAGAUAUUACAAAUGGAGUCAUGUGCAUGAGACAAAGAAACAGCAAAAAGAACAUGUUAGUGGCUAUGGACUGUGAGAGGAUUUUAACUGCUUCACUUUAAGAGUAUCCAGUAUAAGUGUUACUGAAAAGAACAUUUUGUUAAAGCAUGCAAAACUGAAAAAUCUAAUGUUAGAGUUAUAAGUGGGAAAACAAAAGUUAGCUGAAACAACGAUCUUUCAGACAACACAUUUACACUUUGUGCUUUUGUUUCUUGGCUAGUAAAAAUUAAACCCUUUUUGCCAGUAGUGCCAAUUAUUAUGAAUGCUAUUUUGCCUAACAAUAUAUAUUAUGUUGGGGAAACCAACACCCGAAAGCUGUCAGUAAGACCCACAGAGGCAACACACGCACACACAAACACAAACAUGCACACAAUAAACCGUAGAAGAGAUCUAGUGCUCGCUCAACCGUAAAGCUCCCUACAAGUUCUGAAGUUUGUCUGAGGCAGACUGUCGUGUAUGUGAUGAGGAUGAUGAUGAUUAUGAUGAUGAUGAUGAUGAUGAUGCAAGUAUGAAAAUUAUGAUUGUUUUCAUGUCAAUGCAAUGACCCAAAAAAGGGAACGGGGGUGCUACAUUCUUAACAAUGUGGUUGUACUUCAGCAACAUAACAGCUUUUAAGACCAUUAAUCACACGUUCAGCAGAUCCAGCCUGGCCUCCAGUCAAAGCACUCCAUCCUCAAACAGAAUGUCUCCUCCUCCCCCCCUCCCCAACCCUAGUUUCUGAUUUAUUUUUGCAUAUCAUUUAUAUCGACUUUUCCUUUUCUCUGCCAUUGUCACUGCCAUUCAUCUUUGAUGUGUACGCUUAACUUCUGGAAAGCUCUGUUUUAGAAAGUGCCUGCUCAAUAACAGAAAAGUGCAAGACAAUAAUCAGGAAAAAUGUCUAUUGUAUGUUCCUUCAAAAAAAAAAAAUAAGCUGUGAGUGCUUGACAGUGUUAAACUCUGCCCAAACCCAUGGUAGCUGUAAUUUGUCGACGGUAUGAAUGAACCCAUAUGGCCUGAUGGAUUCUGUGUUUAUGAGACAAAAUGACAGUGUCGCCUAAUGCCCCGUUUGUCUGUGCAUUUUUUCAGUAUUAGAAGAAAAAAAACAAUAUUAUAAUUCAGCCUCUGUUUAACGUCCCAGUGUCAGUGUUUGGGAGGAAAAGUGUGGUGUUUUUUUCGUUGCAUGGAUUCACUUUGUUCUGUCUUUGUUCACAAAAUGUUCUUGCAGCAUUUAAGUGGAAGUGUAACCCAGCAGUUUUCCAGAAGAAAUAACUGUCACACAGACUUUCAUUCUUUGUCUUUGUCUUUCACUCACAAGCAAUCACACACAGGGAGAGACUCACACACACACACACACAAAUGGGCAACACAUACACAAUGGUACAGUCACACACACACACACAAAAAGCCACACCCUUUCUCUCUGUGCUUAUGUCUUUGGGAACAAUUAAAUCUCUCCCUUAGAUUUUACUCAGGGUUAAAGAACAGGGAGAUGGUAUGUGGAGUGUAAUGUCAACACACACACACACACACACUUGCAACACUGGUGACAGUGUGCAUUUGUUCAUCCAUGUGUAUGUAAAGAAACAUGAGUAUGUUUA